CGGAAGUCUCACCGGAAGUGGAGCUGGUGCCGCUCGGACUCCCGCCCCAGCAGCCCGUGCCAUCUUGUGUUUAGCAGGAACAAAAAACGGGAGGAGGAACGGGUCCAGAUGGAGGAUGGGGUGCGGGUUCUAGGCCCACUCUAGGCCGGUUCGGUGGGUCAGUAUGUCCGGACGGGAAACUUUGCAAGGAAACAUCAGCCACACCCCGCGGAGCAGCUGAUGGUACAGUUAGCCUGCCAGCUAACACGCUAAGCUAUUAGCUCAAGAGCGGCGCAGACCGGAGCUGCGGAGCGGACCGUUACAGACCCGCAGACCCUCCCGGAACCAGCGGCUGGACCCCAGCGGCUGGACCGCAGCGCCUCCCCAAAACCCAGGAGAACCGUCAUGGACAUGGACCAGGAGUUCUGCUGAGGGGAAACCCGCGAUAUGAGGACCGAGACCGGCUGCUAGCUUUGCUGCUAACCGUUAGUUUUUCGGUCCAGAGGGGACCUCAAGAAGCUGCGGUGCAGCCAUGCCCUCCAGUGCGCGUGCCGGGAGCCUCAAGGACCCCGAUGUCGCCGAUCUGUUCUGCAGGGACGAUCCGGAGAAGCUCUUCACCGACCUCAGGGAGAUUGGACACGGCAGCUUCGGAGCCGUCUACUUCGCGCGUGACGGACGCAGCAAUGAGGUGGUGGCCAUUAAGAAGAUGUCCUACAGUGGCAAGCAGACCAAUGAGAAAUGGCAGGACAUCAUCAAGGAGGUGAAGUUUCUGCAGAAGCUGCGUCACCCCAACACCAUCGAGUACCUGGGCUGCUACCUGAAGGAACACACGGCAUGGUUGGUGAUGGAGUACUGUCUUGGUUCGGCCUCUGACCUCUUGGAAGUCCACAAGAAGCCGCUGCAGGAAGUGGAGAUUGCUGCCAUCACCCACGGAGCGCUGCAGGGUCUGGCUUACCUGCACUCUCACAACAUGAUCCACAGAGACGUGAAGGCCGGGAACAUCCUGCUGACAGAACCGGGUCAGGUCAAGCUGGGCGACUUCGGGUCGGCCUCCAUUAUGUCUCCGGCCAACUCCUUCGUCGGAACGCCGUACUGGAUGGCUCCAGAGGUGAUCUUGGCCAUGGACGAGGGUCAGUACGACGGGAAGGUGGACGUCUGGUCUCUCGGCAUCACUGGCAUCGAGCUCGCUGAGAGGAAGCCACCGCUCUUCAACAUGAACGCCAUGAGCGCCCUGUACCAGAUCGCCCAGAACGAGAGCCCAGUGCUGCAGUCCAACCACUGGUCCGACUCGUUCCGGAGCUUCGUGGACUCGUGUCUGCAAAAGAUUCCUCAGGACCGUCCCACCUCAGACGUCCUACUGAACCACCGUUUCCUGAGCCGUGAGCGCCCGCUGACGGUCAUCAUGGACCUGAUUGCGCGGACGAAGGACGCCGUGCGGGAGCUGGACAACCUGCAGUACCGCAAAAUGAAGAAGAUCCUGUUCCAAGAGACACAGCAGAACGGGCCGCCGUCUGAGGGCGGCGACGACGACGAGGAGGUGGAGCCCUACCUGCUGCAGGGCGGCACGGUGAACAGCGUGGAGAGCUCCCAGUCCGUUCCCAGUAUGUCCAUCUCGGCCAGCUCCCAGUCCAGCUCCGUCAACAGCCUGGCGGACGCCUCCGACAGCAGCGGCGACAUGGCCAUCCUGCAGGAGGGCGAGAACACCGUCACCUCCAACAGCUCCAUCAUCCACCGGCCCACAGGUCAGGACAACAUCUACGACGACCCGUACCAGCCGGAGCUGGAGCAGCCGCAGGCCCCCUCUGCCGGCCGCCGCCGGGCCUUCUACCGGAACCGGGACCACUUCGCCACCAUCCGGACCGCUUCCCUGGUGACUCGUCAGAUCCAGGAGCACGAGCAGGGCUCGGCGCUGCGGGACCAGAUGUCCGGCUACAAGCGCAUGCGGCAGCUGCACCAGAAGCAGCUGCUGGGCCUGGAGAACAAGCUGAAGGCGGAGAUGGACGAGCAUCAGCUGAAGCUGGACAAGGAGCUGGACGCACAGAGGACAGGCUUCUCCGCCGAGCUCGACAAGCUGGCCCGCAAGAACCAGGCGGUCCUGGAGAAAGAGGUCAAAGCCGCUCUGGCCGAGGAGAAGAAGUUCCAGCAGCAGAUCCUGGGCCAGCAGAAGAAGGAGCUCAACUGUCUGCUGGACUCCCAGAAGCGCCAGUACCGUCACCGCAAGGAGCUGCUGAAGGAGGAGCUGAGCGAGAACCAGUCGACCCCCAAGAGGGAGAAGCAGGAGUGGCUGAUCCAGCAGAAGGAGGUGAUGCAGCAGCUGAUGGCGGAGGAGGAGGCCGGCCUGCUGCGGCGCCAGAGGCAGUACUACGACCUGCAGUGCCGCCAGUACAAGAGGAAGAUGCUGCUGGCACGCCACAACCUGGAGCAGGACCUGCUGCGAGAGGAGCUGAACAAGAAGCAGAUCCAGAAGGACCUGGAGUGCGCCAUGCUGCUGCGGCACCACGAGUCCACCCAGGAGCUGGAGUUCCGGCAGCUCGGCUCGGUCCAGAGAACCCGGGCCGAGCUGAUCCGGACCCAGCACCAGACCGAGCUCACCAACCAGAUGGAGUACAACAAGCGGCGCGAGGACGAACUGCGGCAGAAACACGCCGUGGAGGUCCGGCAGCAGCCCAAGAGCCUCAAGUCCAAAGAGGUCCAGAUCAAGAGGCAGUUCCAAGAGACCUGCAAGAUCCAGACCCGGCAGUAUAAGGCUCUACGGAACCACCUGCUGGAGACCACGCCCCGGUCCGAACACAAGCUGGUUCUGAAGCGGCUGAAGGACGAGCAGACCCGGAAGCUGGCCAUCCUGGCCGAGCAGUACGACCACUCGGUCAACGACAUGCUGUCCACGCAGGCCGUCAGCAAGCUGCGGCUGGAUGAGACGCAGGAGGCGGAGCAGCAGGCGCUGCGGCUGCAGCUGCAGCAGGAGCUGGAGCUGCUCAACGCCUACCAGAGCAAGAUCAAGAUCCACACGGACGGGACGCACGACCGCGAGGCGCAGGAACUGGAGGCGCGGGUGGCGCUGCGCCGCGCGCUGCUGGAGCAGAGGAUCGAAGAGGAGAUGGUGGCGCUGCAGGCGGAGCGGUCGGAGCGGAUCCGGACGCUGCUGGAGCGCCAGGCGGAGGUGGAGGCGUUCGACUCAGAGAGCCUGCGGCUGGGCUUCAGCGGCAUGGCGUUGGGCGCCGCCGACGGCUACCCGCCGCCCGGCCAGGCCGCCGGUGCCGGAGGCUGGCGCCGGCCCGGCCCGCGCUCCGGCGGCCACUGGAGCCACGGCCUCCAGAACUCGCCGGCCGGCCCGGCCUGGCGCGGCCAGAACCACGGCGCCGGCUUCGGCCGGGCCGAGCCGAGAGCCCGCGCCCCCCCUCACCACCACCAGCAGCAGCUGUACCAACACCACCAGAGCACGCCGCAGCUGUACCGCGACGAACGCGACGGCCGGGAGCGCCAGACCCGCGAGUGGCCGUCCGGCGGCGGCCACUACUCCCAGCAUGCCCGGGGCCUCCAGCAGCUCUCCUACCACGCCUCCUCCCAGUCGCUGGCCGUGCUGCCCCCCGCCGCGCCUCCACCCAUCUCCUUUUCCUGCUCCUCCCCCGCCUCCUCCGCCUCCUCCUCGUCCUCCUCGCAGGGCGGCUAUGGCGGCGGCCUGGGCGUCCGCGGCCCAGGCAUGGCCCUCAGGAACAGCCCCCAGCCGCUGAGGCGCACGGCGUCCGGAGGCCCUGGCGGCGGCGGCGCCGGCGACGGGGGGCUCAGCCGAAGCACCUCUGUCACCUCCCACAUCUCCAACGGCUCCAACCUGUCCUUCUCCUGAGACGUCCGCCGCGGCCUUCCCAGGAGCCACUAGGCGGCGCCAGAGAGGGGCUCCUGGGAGUCAGCUGCUGUCUCCAAGCGGUCAGAGGAAACGGCGCUCCAGGACGUUCCACCAGGCGCUUCACGCCACAGAAACCCAGGAUUCUUUGAGUAUCUGAGGAACGCCACCUAUCUAAAGAGUUGUAAGGAGCGUCCUGGAGCUGCAGCUCCUCCAGAGGCAGUUGGCCCUCAGGGACCCGAGAUGAGUUCCUGACGGUCGGUCCAACUGAAGGCGAUGUUCUCCAGAACCUCAUGGGGCCCGGUCCUCAGGCUGUCGAUCCCUCAUGUCUCAGAAGCUGUGACAUCAUCAGGAUCCCGGACGUUCCUGACGAGUCGCGUUGCUGAACCGGAUACCUCCUCUCGGGUCCCAUUGUUGGUUCCGACCCACUGGGUUGCACAGAACCCGGGGCAGAGCUGACGUGGACGUGUGUAAAUAUGGGCGUCCAGCAGGGGGCAGCAUUGAUACCGCUGCUGUCCUCUGCCAGAUUGACCCAAAACGAUCGGGUUCAGAACCUGGGGUCGUCUGCAGCUUUCGUCCUUUCUGGUCCUCAGUCAGAACUUUCUAGCGAUCCAGUCUGACCCAGACCAUUAAUCCUCAGGAUUAAAUAACUUCAACUGCAAAUUUGAUGAUGUAAUUUCGGCUGGCUGCAGAAAGCAGAGCUGGAAAAACACUAACAGGAUCAUCUGACUGAGGAUCCAGCAAACCGGGAAUCAUGCACACCUGUCCUCCAAUCAGAAUCCGCUGUGGUGUGUGUGUGUGUGUGUGUGUGUGUGUGUGUGUGUGUGCAUGUGUGUGCGUGUGUGUGUGUGCGUGUGUGUGUGUGCGCGCGCAGCACUGACGGCUCAUUGAACAGGUCUGUCUGCCUCUGCAGGUCAGACGGGCGCAUGGAGCCGCUGGACAGUGAACAUGCAGCUCACUACCUAUUUAUAAAGGCAGGUGUCCUGAUGGGGGCGCUGUUCAACACUCUGAUUGGCGUUAUUGUUGUACAUAGAAGCACUAACUUUAAGACUGUAAUAAGUAAUGAUUAUUUUGUCACGUGAUUUAAGCCAAUUUGUACUAGAAGGAGGCAGACGCCAUCCCAUAAUAACUACUGCUGCAGUCGGAGUAUUUAUGUUAAGAUGUCAUUGCCUAUGUUGACCACUAGGUGGGAAAUAAAUGCGAUGUUACUGUGAUAGAACUAUAAGAAUUAAAUAUUUCCGGGGGACUAUAUUUCCCAGCAUUCCCAGUGAGGUCUCAGGGGUGGCCUCUCGCUGUGGGCGGGGCCUCUCGCUGUGGGCGGGGCCUCUCGCUGUGGGCGGGGCUGAGAUCUACUCCAGUUGGUUUGGAGCCGGUAUUGAAGUCCGCAGUGCAACAGACUUUAGAUGAGUUCACUACAUUCGUGCCAUGUUUUUAUUCUUCCUUCCUGGUCUAGUCCAAGUUUUUCCCUGGAGCAGUGUAAAACACGGAGCCCAAAGAGAUAAAUGAUCAGAUAAUCCUGUGGAUGAGCUGUGAUCAGUAUAAUCUAUCAUUUGUCCAUUCAUUUUGGCUAAAAUAAUGAUUGUUGCCUUAAGAUUAAAUAUUAAAAAUGUCAUAAAAUAUUGACAAAUAUUUGAAUUAAACUGAAUCAAGUCUUUUUUUUUUACAUUUUGUUUAGAAACUUUUAGCUUAUUUUUUUUUGUCUGCUAAAAUGACGAAAGUCCUUCACUAAAAAAACAAUAAAUAAAACCCAUUAGAAAAUGAGUUUCUAACUAAAAUAGAAAUGGAGGCUGAAACUAAAUAUCACAAUAAAAUAUUUUAAACCAAAAUAUUUGCAUAAAAAUAUUUAGAUUUAAAGAACUGAGAGAAAACUUUGAUUUACAUCAAAGAGUUUAUUUAAAAAUUAUAAAAUUGUCUUUAGAACUUUUUUUAAAAAAUCUAAAUAAUUAGAUUUUGUUUUAUGUUUUCUAAAAGCUUCUGGCAAUAUCUCUGAAAAUAGGCAAAACAUUUAAAUGUGAUAGAAACAAACAUCACAAUACUGAAAAAGAAAUAUCGCCAUUUUCAGUAAUAAACUUGUCCGAUGUAUUGAUCAGAUGUAGAAUCAGAUGGUUUAUGUAUUGAACUGUCUCUUCACAUCCACAGGAUUGUUUUCGACAGUUUUGUCCCUCUUGGCCUCCGUAGCAGGAAUCUGCUCCUGUUUUCCACAGACGCUUCAUGGUCGCAGUUUUUUGCACAGAGCCAUCUGCAGCUAACAGGAAGGGAGACGAACCGCCGUCAGUCUCAGACCUUAUAUGGAAAUGGGACUGUUGCACUCCGGAAGUGAAGGGGGCGCUGUUUCCUAUAUCAUCCACAGGCUCCUGUUUUUAUUUUCUUUUGAAAUCUGAUAUAUUUUCACAUUUAAGAAGAAUUUUCUCUCAGCAUGUAUUUGAACUUCUCUUAAAGGUGGUAAUGUAACUAAUAUAAUUACAUUACUAUAGCGCCCCCUUCACUUCCGGAGUGCAAUGGUCCCAUUUCCAAAUAAGGUCUGAGAGUGCCAGCGGUCCGUCCCCCUUCCUGUUAGCUGCAGCAGGUCCUUCUCUCCAUCGCCGUCUCUUCGUGUCAUGUCUACCUCAUUUGCACUGAGAGAAUAUGAACAGUGGAGCGGAUUCCACAGGAAACGCGUCUUUCCUUUUCUUUCCUUUGGUGUUUGUGCAAAUGUUGACUUGCCGCUGGGCGAAAGGACAAACGGACACAUUCCGUGUUGGACAGAAAGACGCUGUUUGGAUGUGGAGAGUCAGAAUCUGCUGGCCUCCCUGGAUGAACUUUUUGUUUCAAACUGUGAGAUUUCAUUUUGCCAACUUUAGUUUCCUGUGGCUCCUGAGGCGGUGAAACGCUGCAGCUGCACCGCAAACGAGUCAAACCAACUUUGUCUCUGUCUCACCUGCUUUUAAAGGCCAACUUCCUUUUCUCCGCUGUUCUGAUGAACGCAUCAUUUAAACUUAACAUUUUACUUAAAACCACAAUGAGAGGCUUCGUUCACUUGAAGUGAAAAAAAACUGGGACGUUUCUGAGUCCCGUUCACUUUCUGAUGGUUUCUUGAAAGCAGCUCAAUCUGCAGAUCCAGGGACAAAAUCUCGUCCCAACGUCAAAGUGUUGAGUGUGAGACCUGCUGCUGACUUGGUGUUUGAAUCUGUUUGGGUGCAGCGCGGUGAUGAUGGCGACCAGCAGGAGGCGCUGUGCCGAUGUGUGAAAUAGAGAAUGAGCCGAAACAUAAAAUACUUUUGGACAAAUAAAAGACAAACAACCCGAA